AUGGCAUGGUUUGCGCUGAUCUUGUUUUUGUCCUCAGAAGUUGAGGCAGGGCGUUUGAUCCCAAUGGCUGCCAGCGGCUCCAGUGACACGCAGGGGGAGGUGUUCAUCCAGGACCUGGAGAACAUUCAAAGCUUCUUGGCCACGCAGAAGCGCACUGUGAAGAAGGAGUCGUUCAAGAAGAUGCUGGACAACCAGGUGAAAGCCUGGGUCACAAGGAUUCAGGAGAUCACCAUCCUUCCACACGAAGCCAAGCGGGUGGGGGAGUUGCUGGGUGAGGGGCCGUGGCAUGAUGAGCACCACGAGCAGUUGGCGGAGGCUCUGGGAUCCAAAAUGGAUCAAGCAGCUGGUGGCGGGCAGGCGAAGGUCAGACGACCUCUUCAGACCUUGACCUGCUUCGCGUCGUACCUGACAGAAGGUGACUGCAAGGUUCUAUCGGACCCAGACGUUCACAACGUCAACAAGAUCCAAAGGUUAGUUGCCAAGUGCGUGAAGAUGGGUCUUCAUUUGCCGAAAGAGACGACCACCAAGCAGAUCAUCAAGACCGCGAUCGACUGCGGCAUGAAAGUGGCAGACGCACCAGAGACCUUGAAGAUGCUGAACGAGUUCAAGCAGCAGUUGAAGGCCAAAGUUAAACACAUGGAGAAGAAAUCUUUGCUCGUUCAGUUUCCUGAUGACCCGGAGAAGCUGCCAAAGGAGAUCUACGACAGAGUGUUUGGGGAGGAGUUGCCAUCACCGCCCAAGGGCAGUGCCGGGGGGGAGUCAUUGAAAGUGGUUGCGAGAAAAUCACAUGGUUUGGUGAAGAAGCAGUUGUCAUUCAGUGACGCCAGUCCCAUGGCCAAUAUGAUGCAGCAGAUGGAUCAGAUGAUGAGGUCUAACAUGGGUGGUGGAAUGAACCCUAUGAUGUUGAUGAUGGCUGGCAUGCAGCAGCUUAUGGGUGCAGACAGCGGUGCUGCUGGUGCGCCUAAUUUGCAAAUCUUUGGUACCAAGAGGAAGCAGAAGGCAUUGGCAGAUACUGCAGAAGCCGACCAAACGCCGACAGAGCAGAAAGCUUUGACGGACAAGGCUAAGGAUGAAUUGCGUGAUACCCAGGAAGAAGAAGAAGAGCCAAGUGAAAAGACUCAGCGAAGCGAGGCCGGCAAGAAGCCGCCAAACAAGAAAUCAUCUUUUGAAAUGUUUGUGGGCGAUGAACCUGAAGCUCCAGCAUCAGCUCCCGCCAAGGCGAAAGGCAAGAAGACACCAGAGGAGUACGUGAAGCUCUUCAAGAGUGGCGUCAAGAACCGUGAACGAGCUCGCGCAGAGGCAAAGAAAGAAGAUGUGGAGAUGAAGUCGGAGGAUGACGAUGAAGCUGAGGCUUCAGAGCCGGAAGAAAAGCAGCCCAAGACAAAGAAGAGAAAGUCAGAACCAAAAAGUGCGGAGACACCGCCCGCCAAGAAGCCCAAGGAGGCAACCCCCAAGAAGAAGGUGAAGGCUGCGCCGAAGACAGUCGCAAAAGCUGCUGCAAAGGAGAAGAAAGCUGCUGCCCCCAAGAAAGAGGCAUCUGCGCCAGAGGAAGGCGCUGUGCCGCGAAAGGAUUUGGGCCCCAAGCCUGAUCCGCCAGAUCCUUGGACAGGGACGUUCUUCUGGGGGACUGGCAAGAUCCACAAGAAUCCAAAGUCCAAUUCUUGGCGUGCCUUUGUUGAGAAGUCGGACAAGUGCGAUCGCAAAGUGAAGUUCGGUGAUGAUCACGUCGCAUCGUUUCACCGUGCCCUUCAAAUCAUCGAGGAAGGCAUGGCUGCCCGAUGCUUAUGA